CCACAUGACGAAGCUUCAGAGCGUCUGGAAAGCUGGAAGGGAGAGCGGGCGCUUUGGGAGCGACCGCUGACAAUUUCAUUCCUGCAUCUUUACCUGCAGCGCAGCCCGGCUCGGUUCGGCUCCAACAACUUCUCUAACUGUCCUGCUUCUUAGUUUCUGAGACCAGUGUGGCGGCGACGCUCCCAUCAUUUCCUCCAUCUCCCUAAGUGAACUUUAUAGGGAUGUUAGAUAUCGUGCAGCAUCAUUGUGCUGAUUGUCCAUGUAGUGCAGAAGUAUCUGUAGAACGGAUAUAGAAACUGAAGGUCUGGAGAGAAUCCUUUUUCUUCCACUUGUACUUUUUGCCCGGUUUGACACACAACACAGAAGGGUGAGAGACUGCGUGUGCGUGUGUGCGUGUGUGUGUGUGCGCGUGUGUGUGAGAGUGCAGGAGAGAGAGACAUUGCAGUUUUUUUUUUUCCUUUGGAGCUACGCUUUCAUGCCGUCAGUUUUGCGCUCUUUGAGAUGGACGUAAGAUUUUAUCCAGCUCCCCCUUCCAGCGUGGGUUCAUGUACGUUACCGACUGACUCCGGGCUGGACUAUUAUCAUUCCAACAAGAACAGAUACGCUGCUGCAGACAGAGGCGUGAGGCUCUACAGUUCCCUGCCCAUGCGCCCAAACCCUGAUGGCAAGAGGCUGCCCUCUACUGGGUUUGAUGGUGAAAACAUGUACAUGAAUGAAAACAACCACGAGUUCCUCCCUCCAAACCACAGCUACACAGGCCAGACGGGCAGCGGCGGGGGAGGAGGCGGAGGAGGCGGCACUUCAAGUGGAAACGGGACUGGGGACGAAGACUAUGAGAUCCCACCAAUCACUCCACCCAACCACCCCGAGCCACCUCUUCUUCACCUGAUGGAGCAUGACUCUACGGGCUACCUCUGUCAUUCGCUGCCACACAAUGGGCUCAUCAACCCAUACUCGUACACUGAGCUGCCAACGCUCAUGAUGUCGAACAUGUUGGCACAGGACAGCCACCUUGUCUCCAGUCAAAUGCCCUCGAUGCAGGAGAUGGCUUUGCACCACCACCAACAGCAACACCAUCACCAGCACCCUGACGGCGCUCAUUACGAUCCUGCCCGUAACCACCCCAUGAUAAACAGCUCACCUCCGAUACUGCCCAACCCCAUGAGCGCACUGUCUCAGCUAAACCCUCAGGUCAGCCGGAGCGCACUGCCUCAUGGUUCCCCCUCGCCUCCUGGAAGUAAAUCAGCCACACCCUCUCCUUCAAGCUCCAAUCAGGAGGAGGAGACAGAUCCUCAUUCAAAGAUUGUCUUCCAGAUGACGGGUGAGAAACGGCCAUCUUCAGAGAUGAUGAAGCCCAAGCCCAAGCCCCAAAAGAAGAAGAAGAAGAAGGACCCUAAUGAGCCGACCAAGCCGGUGUCAGCCUACGCUUUGUUCUUCAGAGACACCCAGGCAGCCAUCAAAGGACAGAAUCCAAACGCAACCUUUGGAGAUGUUUCCAAGAUAGUCGCCUCCAUGUGGGACGGCCUGGGGGAGGAGCAGAAACAGAGCUACAAGAGGAAAACAGAGGCUGCUAAGAAGGAGUACCUGAAAGCCCUGGCCGCCUACAGAGCCAGUCUGGUUUCCAAGAUGGAGUCUUUUCAGAGUGAAUUGGGGUGGGUGGAAUUGGAGACGUAUAACGACCCCGGGGAGAAUAAAACUGCCCAAACCAGCCAGGCCUCUCAUAUGAUGCCAACCAACCCGCUGUACAGUGUGCCACCUGCCCCACAGUCGUCAUCGCCAUACCUGGGACCCGGGGCCUUCCCUCUAACCGACCUGCAGAGCUACGCAGGCCACGCCCCACGCCACGCUCUGUCACAGACCCUCAGCCAAUCCCCAAUGCUGCCCAGCAUUAGUGCCUCCCCACCUUCCUCCUUCCAGAUCAGCCCGCCGCUUCACCCCCACCAGCAGCUCUCCCUGCACCAGAGCUCGCUCCUCAACCAGCCCAUCCGCAUGCAGCAGGUCCAGUCCCAGCCAAUCAUCUCCCACCAGAUGGGGCUACAGGCCUCUCUUCACUCUCCACCUCCAGGGCAGCAGGGUUUUUCCCACCUCCAGUCAGAGUACCAGAAGAGCAUUGGGGGUUCCCAGUCACCAGGAGCUCCUGGCUCUGGGCCCGGUCCUGGAGUGGCUCAGACCCACGAGUGGGAUGGAGAAUACUGCAAUCGGGAGUGCGGCAACCACUGCAGUGGAAGCAUGAUAGGCAGGGACAAGCCCCUCUACCUCACCUGAAACUGAAGAUUUUCCUCUGCUGACAAAUGACGACACCGAGGAGUCUAUUCUCAUCCCGCUCUGUUCUCCUCACCCAGCCCCGACCUCCUUCCUCUUACAUCAUGUGUACACUUUACAUACAGCCACACACAAACACAUUCAGAUUCCUGAAACUGUUAUCAUCGACCUGUUUAUUUUUCAUUGUUAAUGUAAUUAUUAUUUCUUGCAGUUUCUAGAGUUUGUGACCAGUUUUUUGACUAGAUGACUACUGUCUGUACCACUUAUUGUAUUAACAGUCUUCUUGCUGUUUAAAUUUGCCAAGCACUUAUAAAGUCCCUCCCCCAUUUUCCUUCUCUUCCUCCUCCUCCUCUUCUUCCUAGUCAUCCUCCUCCUUCUCCUCAUCCUCCUCCUUUUCCUCCCUCCAUGCCUCCUCAGUUAUAUGUCUGAGCCCUCUCUGAUCUGGGCUGUGGAGUGCUCCUCUUGUGUGUCACCAUCAAAAAGACCCCUUAGGGAUCCCAUUCAGCUUUAAGUAGAAAAAAAUAAGUGUUCCUCCUUAUUUUUGUAGUUUUCUUUGCUUUUGUUGGUGUUUCUGUCUUAUUUAUUUCUUGCUGGCUAUUUUGUUUCUCUCUCUCUCUUUUUUUUUUUUUUUUUGCAUUUUUUUCUAGUAGGCCCUGUAUCAUAGAGAAAUAUUAACUCCUAGUAUGUUGAGCAUAGGCCUUGAUGUUAUGGUAGCUGUGCUUACGGGCCAGAAGAUUAAAGGCUUGGUGGGGAAUGAGACAGAAAAACAAAAGCAAAUCUUUUUUAUUAUUAAUAAAGACCUGUAGAGGUCUACUGAGCUGUCACAGUGUGAUUGUAAAUAUCACUUUUGUGGAAUCAAAUUGGGAAUUAAAAGUCCAAAUAGAUUUGUUCCUCUAAAAGUACAUGUAUGUUAAUGCGUGUGUGUGUGUGAGUGCGUCAGGACGUUAGAAUGUACCCCAUUCAUGGCGUGGUAUGAGUGUGUGCAAGCAGAGGACUAGUAAGUGUGACUCUCUCGGUGUUUGAGUCUUUCCUGUGAAUUUAACAAUCCCGUGCAGCUGGAUUUCGGAGGAGUAUUUCACACUUUCACUCUCGCAUUAAAUCUGUGCUCACUCGUGUGUUGUUGUCUUAUUCAGACAAAAUUCAGUCUAAAGCCGAUUAUACAAUAUAUGUCCUGCAGACCAUUAAACAGAAAGAGCAAGGUGAGAGACGGAGAGCACAGAGAUGGAAAAAGAAAUGCUGUGAGAUAAAAUGAGAUGUAAAAUUUCAGAUAGGGAAGUAGGGGGUGGGAUUAAUGCCUCAAAAUGCCCACCCCUCCCUUCUUUUGUUUAGCUAUCUGACCAAUAUAUCCAUGUUGUCUCCUCACCACUCAGGAGGGGGGGAAGGGGGAGACCUGCAACGUGAACAUACACAUCACAAGUAAUUUUUAUAAGUUUCUGGUUCGUGUUUGGUUGUGUUUUUAACUCGUGUGAUUAACGGAAAAUGCAUUUUGCUGACAAAGACAUCUCGUUUUUAUCUCCUUUUGUGUAGCAGAAUUUCAGUUCUAGUCGCUGCAACACAAUAACAUUUUAAGUUGUGUAAAAAAAUACAAAACAAACAAAAAAAACUGCCAACUGUAGUUAUAUUAUUUGUAAAACAAGUAAUGUUAAAUAUUUGAAAUGGUUAUUCCUACAUUGUUCCUUUUUUUUUUUUUUUUUUUGCUAGUUACCCAUCAGCUGUUUGACAGGUUUUCUUAUUUAUAAAAGAAAUGAGAUCAAUUUUGCUUCUUACAAUGGAGGUGUAUUUUUAUCCUUAUUUUAUUAUUCUCUGCUUUGGUUUGAUAAAUAAUGAUGAUGACGAUCACAAGGAUGAUUAUUUAGUUAUUUUUUUUUAUAUAUUUUGGAUGCUGCUUUUUUUUUUUCUUUCCUUGCCAGCAGCAUCACUUUCUGUCAUAAUGCUUCUUUUAUUUCAGACCUGCAUAAUAAAGAAAAAAAGUUCAAAAAGUGA